UUGAAGGUAAGGAUCUAUGGUUUGAGUGUAAUGUGCCAAUCCAUGUUACCAUACCUACUGCACUUUGCUUGGGAUCUCCUUGGGAUAUUUUAUCAUCUGCUCCAAACAGUUUGCCCACCAACAACAACCAAGAACUAAUGGCGUUGCCAGCUCCUGACAAUAACAACAAGGUCUUGGCCAAAUCAGUUCGUCCUUUGGGGUAUAGACCAAGUGUACCUCUACCUACUGAAGAAAUUGAAGAGCCCCCUCCUGUAGAACCUGGACCACCAAAGAAGAAGAAAAAGCUUAGUUCAAAGAAAAAGGAAAAAUCGAAUAAUUCUUCUCAAAAAGGAUACCUGUGUCCUUGUUGCAAAAACAGUAAUAGAAAUCAAUCUGAAGAGAAUCGCAAGUUGGUCGAUAGAGAAAACAGGGCUAAUACAUCUCGAAGGGAUGAACCAAUGAUCAAACAAGUAAAUCAGAUGAAUCAGUUACUAGUCCAAGGGUUUCAGACGUCGAUAUCCAAAAACGAAAUGCUGGAGGACGAACUUGGACGUGAUCAUAAUCCCGCAGAUAUGGAUGGUAAUAAACUAUCUAUGAGUCGAAAGAAAGUUUAUGGUCAGAAUAAUUUGCGGAAAGGUGAUCAUGUCCAAGCCACAAAGUGUGAUAGGAAAAACAAACGUCACAAUUAUCCCAAUGUUAAUGAGUGGAUUAAGAAUGGGGAUAAUCAUGUUUUGGAUGAUAAGAAGGGAGUCAAGGAGUUAAAGAUACGUCUUUUAAGGCAGGAGACUCACAAUUCGCCUGCUGUUUUAGAGGAAUACAAUGUGGCGGCAUUUAUUCGUAGACCCAGUUCGCAUCCUGCACAAAAGAGUGAUAAAAAGUCGCAAUUGUCUAGAGACAGGGACAUGGAAAAACUUCAUGCAAUAAAUGAAGAAAAUUUUAAAACCGUUUGGAGUGACCUCAAACGGUUUUGCCAGAAAAACUGUGCCAAAUACGAUGAUAUGUCGAGAAAACCUGUUGUUUUGGUGCCAUUUCGACCGGACAGCGAAGACAAUGGACAAAUGGUGGGCAUGUGCAAGCCUGAUGAAUGGAAAGAAUUUAAAUUCCCAAGGCAAAAUUCCUGGAAAAGGGUGUUCCAAACCGAUUUCAAUCGCCGAAGUCACGUUAUUACCAAGAUGAAAGAAGAAAACACCACAAUCGCAGUCAGUCUAAAGAUCCAGAGAGAUCCUAUAAGGCCGAACUUAAAUCUUUUUCAAAGCCAAAAGGUAUUCCAAGCCGUUCUGAUUCCCUUAAAUCACGUUCAUCCUUGGCAGAUGAGAGAAUAUCUCGUAAUCGUACGCAUUUUGAUGAAUCAGAAAGGACGUCUCGCUCCAAAUCUAAACCGCAGGAACCAUCAAGAACACGCAGUUCAUCAAAUCGUUCCAAAUCUCCUAGACCAAGAACUUCUCGAGAAGAUGUCAGAGAAGUAUCUCAUAGGGAAAAUGUUGUUCAAAUCCGUUCUGAAUCCCCAAAGUCACGAUCGUUCCAAUCUCCACCAAAGGUCUCAGAGAGAAACUAUCGUCCUAAAGACGAAUCUCCGGUAA